UCCGGCGGCGGCGGUGCUCCACAAAUCCGCAAAGCAGCAUACGAGACGAGUAAGAAGAAGGAAGUGGGAGUGUCAGAUCUCACACUCAUCAGCAAAAUCUCCAACGAAGCGAUCAACGAAAACUUGAAGAAGCGAUUCGAGAAUGCCGAGAUCUACACCUACAUCGGACAUGUGCUGGUUUCAGUUAACCCAUUUCGAGACCUGGGAAUAUACACCGACCAGGUACUCGCGAGCUAUCAGGGCAAGAACAGGCUGGAAGUGCCACCGCACGUCUUCGCCAUUGCAGAGAGCACAUACUACAACAUGAAGGCAUACAACGAGAACCAAUGUGUGAUCAUUUCAGGCGAAUCAGGAGCCGGAAAGACCGAGGCAGCGAAGCGGAUCAUGCAGUACAUUGCGAAUGUGUCAGGUGGCAGCAACAGUCAGAUUCAGGAGAUCAAGGAGAUGGUACUGGCGACUAACCCACUGCUGGAGUCCUUUGGCAACGCCAAGACACUGCGAAACAACAACUCGUCACGUUUCGGAAAGUACCUGGAGAUUCAAUUCAAUGCUCAAGGCGAGCCCGUCGGGGCGAACAUCAACAACUAUCUCCUCGAGAAGACCAGAGUGGUGGGACAGAUCAAGGACGAGCGCAACUUUCACAUCUUCUACCAAUUUACGAAGGCCGCGAGUCAGGCACAUCGGACGAAUUUUGGCGUGCAGCAACCGACGACGUAUUCCUAUACCAGCAAGAGCAAGUGUUAUGAUGUGCAGGGGAUUGAUGAUGUGGCGGAGUUCAAGGAUACCCUCAAUGCGAUGAAAGUGAUUGGGUUGUCGCAAGCGGAGCAGGAUGAUAUCUUCCGAAUGCUGGCCUGUAUUCUGUGGAUUGGGAAUGUCUCUUUCCGGGAGAACGACGAGGGGAAUGCGGAGGUGGUCGAUCAGUCGGUAAUCGAUUUCGUCGCAUAUCUUCUGGAGGUGGACAAUGCGCAUGUCAAUAAGGCUCUGACGACAAGAAUUAUCGAGACGAGUCGAGGAGGGCGCCGAGGAUCAGUCUACGACUCGCCGAUGAACAUUGCGCAGGCCACCUCCGUCCGGGAUGCCCUGGCCAAAGCCAUCUACUUCAACAUGUUCGACUGGAUCGUCCAGCGUGUGAAUGUGUCGUUGAAGGCGAGAGGUGCCAUUGCGCACAGUAUUGGCAUUCUGGAUAUCUACGGAUUCGAGAUCUUCGAGCGGAACUCAUUCGAACAGCUGUGCAUCAAUUACGUCAACGAAAAGCUGCAGCAGAUCUUCAUUCAGUUGACGUUAAAGACUGAACAGGAAGAGUAUGCGCGGGAGCAGAUUCAAUGGACGCCGAUCAAGUACUUUGACAACAAGGUGGUGUGCGAGUUGAUCGAGGAGAAGCGACCGCCGGGAGUGUUCGCGGCGUUGAACGAUGCCUGUGCUACUGCGCAUGCGGAUCCCACGGCCGCCGAUCAGACGUUUGUGCAGAGAUUGAAUGCGCUGUCGAGCAAUCCCAACUUUGCGCCGAGACAGGGACAGUUCGUCAUCAAGCACUAUGCCGGAGAUGUGAACUAUGCCAUUGACGGCAUGACGGACAAGAACAAGGAUCAACUGCUGAAGGAUCUUCUGAACCUGGUCGGCCAAAGUGGAAACAAUUUCGUCCAGACCAUCUUCCCCGAUCAGGUGGACCAGGAUAACCGCAGACGUCCACCCACAGCAGGCGACAAGAUCAAGGCAUCUGCAAAUGACCUCGUGGCGACAUUGAUGAAAUGCACACCCAGCUACAUCCGCACGAUCAAGCCAAACGAGAACAAGAGCCCGACGGAGUACAAUUCCCCGAACGUCAUGCAUCAAGUCAAGUAUCUUGGCCUGCAAGAGAACGUGCGCAUUCGGCGAGCCGGGUUCGCGUACCGACAGACGUACGAGAAGUUUGUGGAAAGAUUCUACCUCUUGUCGCCGAAGUGCAGUUAUGCUGGUGAAUAUACAUGGACAGGUGAUGCCAAGUCUGGUGUGCGCCAGAUUCUGAAGGAUACUUCCAUCCCGGCGGAGGAGUGGCAGAUGGGUGUCACAAAGGCUUUUAUCAAGACGCCUGAGACACUCUUUGCACUUGAGACGAUGAGAGAUCGGUACUGGCAUAACAUGGCGAUUCGUAUCCAGCGAGCGUGGAGGAAUUAUCUUCGCUACCGAGCUGAGUCUGCGACGAGGAUUCAACGUUUCUGGAGGAAGAAGACCGGAGGGAUGGAGUUCAUUCAGCUCCGAGAUGAGGGACACAAAGUACUUGGAGGUCGCAAGGAAAGACGCCGCUAUUCUCUUGUUGGUUACCGACGAUUCAUGGGCGACUAUCUCGGGAUUGACAAUCAAGGUGGCGGCGGAUCACUCCUCCGCAGCAACGGCGGCAUUGGUACUGGUGAGAAGACAGCUUUCUCCUGUCGGUGUGAAGUGCUCGUGUCCAAGCUUGGCCGUUCCUCCAAACCAGAGCCACGCAUGCUCGUCCUGACUGACCGCGCUGUCUACAUCAUCAAGCAAGCCUUGGUCAACAAGCAACUCACCAUUAUGGCGGAGCGCACGAUCCCCAUCGGAGCCAUCAAGUUUGUCUCCGCCAGCACACUCAAGGAUGACUGGUUUGCUCUUGGUGUUGGGAGUCCUCAGGAACCUGAUCCGCUCAUCAACUGCAUCUUCAAGACGGAGUUCUUCACUCAGCUUCGACACGUCUCGCGCGGUACUGCUGCCCUCCAAAUUGGCGACUCGAUCCAGUACAACAAGAAGCCGGGCAAGCCUGCUACGAUCAAGGUCGUCAAAGAUCCGCAAGUACCACGGGAUGACUUGUACAAGUCUGGCGCCAUCCACACCGGCCAAGGAGAGGAUCCCAGGAGCGUCAGCAAAGCGACACCGAAGCCUAAGCCCGUGCCUGCAAAAGCCAUCACGAGCGGCAAGCUUCUGAAAAAAUCAACUGGCGGGAAGCUUUCACAGCAAGCAGCGCGCAGUCAAGGUCGACCUGUACCGCAAGCUCAACCUCUGCCUGGAACAUCGAAUGCCCGCCCUGCAGAGAGGAUGGUCCCAAUCAUGCAGCAGCCUGUCCAGCAGCAAAUUCCCAUCGCGCCACAACAGCAAACAAACGGCCAUUCCCGCGGCACAGGCUCAACAGGUCGAGCCGUCCCACCUCCCCCUCCUCCACCACCACCCGCCGCCGCCGCGCCGAAACCCGCAGAACCGCACUUCAAAGCCCUCUACGACUUCCAAGGCCAAACAGGCGGAGAACUAAGCCUCACCAAAGACGAAGUCAUUGUCGUGCAGCAGAAAGAAAGCAACGGCUGGUGGCUCGCCAAACGCCUCCACGGCUCCGAAUCCGGCUGGGCGCCCGCUGCUUACUUGGAAGAAGUCAAAGCCGCUCCACCCCCUCCUCCUCCUUCAGCGAAGGGUAAAGCUCCACCCCCGGCUCCGCCUGCGAAGAGGCCCGCGGGCAGGAAGGGUGUGGGCGAGGCAGUGGCGAGGGAUAGUGGGUACAGUACGCAAGGUGGGAGUGGAAUGUCUACGCCGACUGGGGGAAAUGGAGGUGGGGAUUUGGCCGGGGGUUUGGCUGCUGCGUUGAAGGCUAGGCAGAGGGCUAUGGGUGGGGGGUAG